AGAUAUUCGUACUUUUAUUGUUGCUUCCUGUUUUUAUUUAUUUAUUAUUUGAGUGGUCAGCUGAUAUUGUCAUCUUGUCAAUCUUAUAGCGACGAUUGUGGAUGAGUGCACAUUCUCUGCUGGGGUUCUGAAAUAAAUUAUAAAGUAGGUUAUUUAUAAAAGACUUGAAAUAAGAUAUAGGUUGAUAAGGAUAAAAAGUGCGUGAGAGAAAAAGAGAAGGGGGUGAGAGAAAAAGUGGCGUUUAAAGGAAAGAAGGUAUGAAUUCCUAUUUUACGAACCCGCCGCUUUCGUGCCAUUUAAACGGUGGUCAAGAAGUUCUGUCCAAUGUGACCCUGAGCUCGACAAACUAUGACCCGGUCCGACACUUCUCUCCAUAUGGCGCGGCCGUGGCCCAAAACCGGAUAUACGCAAAUCCGUUCUAUUCGCCUCAAGAAAACGUGAUGUUCGGGCCAGGCCGAGGACCGUACGAGUACGGGUCAAAUGUGUUCUACCAGGACAAGGAUGUGCUUCCUAGUUGCAGGCAAAGCCUCGGGCAAACACCGGGUUCAUUGACCCAGGAUUACGCUUCAGACCCAGGCAAGACUGCGUCUCAGGAACCGAAAGGAAAUAUUCAAAUAUAUCCGUGGAUGCAGCGGAUGAACUCGCACAGUGGAGUUGGCUAUGGGUCCGACAGACGGCGAGGUCGCCAAAUCUAUUCGCGAUACCAAACUUUAGAACUAGAGAAGGAAUUCCAUUACAAUCGUUAUUUGACGAGACGCAGAAGAAUCGAAAUUGCCAAUGCGUUGUGCCUGUCGGAACGCCAGAUUAAGAUUUGGUUUCAGAACCGCCGGAUGAAGUGGAAGAAGGAGAGCAAUAAUCUCACACCCGUCCUCAGUGACAGUGGCUCGGCAGGAGCUGGCCAGGACACGGACAAAGAAGCAGCAGGGGAAACAUCCGAGAAAACCGAGCAAAACUGACGGCCUACCGGUCUACAA